AUGGAGCGCGCUGUGACCUUUCGGCGUUCUACGCAGCAUGUUGCGGCCUUGAACGAGAUUCUGGUUCAGGCUGUGCAGCCAGGCGUCCGAGGCAGAUGGCAGCCGAACCCAAUGGCUGACUGGUGCGAUGCUUGGUCGGACCUCAGUAGAACGACUGCUGAGGAGGCGGUCACGUUGCAUUGCCAGAUUCCUGCUGGAGACCAUGGUCGAUACCAAAACUAUGAGCAAGAAGUUCGGGGAUAUCACUGUGAUGAGUUCUCAGCAGCAAUCACGGACGCUGGCAAUCUGCUAGCGGCGCUGCAGGGGACGGCUGGGUUUGAGAUAGAGAUCCGCUGGCUGCUCCAGGUGAUAGACGAGCUGUCCACCACUCAGCAGAGUAUUGUGCAUGGAUUGGCUCUCCCAAAAGGAGGAAGUCCGCGGCAUUUUGCUUUGGUUCCGUAUAGCUGCUGCUGGUUGCCGCUGGUUCUGCGCUGUCUGCCGCACAUGGAGCCGGAAAAGACGUGUACGUUGUGUAGCCUCAAGUAUCCCGUGGCUGAGGGCCGCGUGCAUGGCCGCUUCUUCACGUGCAUCACGUGUGCUUCGGCAGACCGUGCUCUCCGACGAAACUUGGGGAGUCAAGGCAGCGGUCUGGACUCUUUUUCGACGGACGAGUCUUGCAGAUUCUUCCGUAGUGUCCAUCGGAAGAAGCAAGAGAACCUGGGAGGGCGCCUGCUCUGGACCACACUUCGAGCAACGCUCGUGACGAGUUUGACGGAGCGCCGCAUGCAUACUCACAAGACAACGCUGCGAGGUAAGCAGUUGCCGCUCAGCGUGUGGAUCCAGCAAGGGUGGCCCCGAGAGGUUGUGGAGGCGCAACCGAAUGAGUGGUCAGAAGAAUACAAAUGCCGAGUCUAUUGCGUCAAUGUGAAGGAGCUGAGCUGGCAGGAAGAGUUCAACCGGAUCGAGCAACAGCUCCUGCAGCAUGAGCAGGAAAUCACACAGAACCGGAAGGGCAAGAAGAAGAAAACCGAGGAUGGUAAUGACGCAGAUGAACAUGCUUCUGACCAAGGAGAAAUGGAUCUGCCAGCGACGGAGCCAGAGAAGAAAUCAAAGGAGAAGAAUCCUGAGGCUGCUGCCAAGAAGGAGCGAGCCAAGAAUGUGAGUAUUGCUAACCGUGCUGCCAAAGCCGUGGGUCCACUGCAGCAAGCACUGACGACGUUGUCUCAACUGGAGCAGCACUUGGCUAAGAGCAAUGUGACCGUGGAAGCGGAUUUAGCCGCGACGUGUCACAAUGUAGUUGGCCAAUUGAGUGGUUGGACCGCUGCAGAUCAGAAAACGAUUCUGCAGCAAGCGGCUGAAGUGGCGAAAGGCCUGCGUGCCCUGCUGCCCAAGCCAAAGGCGAAGGCCAAAGCAGAGAGCCGUUCACCUGGCAGAAAAGCCGGACAGGGGGCAGAGGCAAGUGCGGCAGAAGUGCAGCACUCACCGGGAGGCAGUUUGAAGCGGCCUGCGGCAGCUAAGGCUGAUUCUGCCCCGAAGCGCCGUCGCUCAAAGUGCCCUUAG